AUGACUACCAAAUCCCGUCGGGCGUCAUCGCGCUCGCGGUCAAAAACUCCCGACAACGGCUCGCGGCAGGCAAAGCGCUUAGCCCCAGAGGAGUUAUACAACCUCACGGUGGAGCGCAAGUUCACACCUGAGAAGGAUACAUGGGAUGGCCAUUACGAGUUCUGCGGUUGGAUGGGUGCCCUUGGUAUCAUGUUGGCAUCGCACGUUCUCAUAUACUACUUCUGGGUGUGUAUUGAAAAUUUUCAGGGUACACUGAUUUACCCCGGCCAUCCACUGCUGCAGGGCGAAUCAAUGAUUACCGUGUUUGGAAAUUACCUGCGCGCCCACGCAGCACCAACGUGGGGUACGUUUGGAAUGUUCACCGCCUUCUUACUGGUGGAGUAUACACUAGCCGUGGUUCUUCCCAGCGUCGAAGUGAAAGGGCUUCCCAUCCCGAGUGAGAACGGCUACCGCCAAUUGUACAAGUGCAACGCGGUACAAGCCUGGUAUUGCAUGCUGCUCAUCGUCGGUGUGUUUCAUUACACAGAGAUCUUUCCUCUGUGGAAGUUGCGCGCGGACUUCGGCCGUUACUUGACUGUCGCGACCAUAUGGGCGGAUGCUAUCUCACUGGGUGUGUACGUUGUCGGUCUUCGCAAGCAGAUUCGUAUGUCACAUAACAUUAUCUACGACUUCUUUAUGGGAUCCGCUCUUAACUAUCGCCUACCUGGAGGCGUAGACGUUAAGCUGUUUGCCGAGUGCCGCAAUUCAUGGGUACUAUUGAUGAUUCUCACACUGAGUAAUGCUGCCGCCAUGCAACACGAGAUUGGCUACGUUACCGGCAACAUGUGGUUCAUUGUUGUGGCACAGUCACUGUAUGUAAAUGCCAUUCAAAAGGGUGAGGAGUGCGUCAUUACUACCUGGGACUUGUUCUAUGAGAAGUUCGGGUGGAUGCUGGCGUACUGGAACACAUGUGGUGUACCCUUUCUGUACUCUUUGCAGGGUUUUUACAUUCAGACGGUUCUGAAGGAUCGCGAACACAAACCGUGGCAGUUGGCGCUGAUGUACGCUGUGCUCAUUGUGGCUUACUACAUAUGGGACAAUGCCAACUCACAGAAGAACCGCUUCCGCAUGAAACGCAAUGGCACUCCCCAAAGCAUUCUCCGUCGCAAGUCGUUCCCGCAACUUCCGUGGGGCUAUAUUGAGAACCCACGUGUGGUGAAGAGUGAAAGAGGAGAACUUUUCGUGGACGGGUGGUACCGCUACGCACGCAAACUUCAUUACACUGCCGAUAUUAUCAUGGCAACAUUGUGGGGCGUGUCGUGUGGUUUUGAUUCCUUUAUUCCGUUCUUCUAUGUAUGCUUCUUCUUUUCGCACCUUGUGGAUCGUGAGGCGCGUGAUGAAUAUCGCUGCAGAAGGAAAUACGGCGAGCUGUGGGACCGUUAUAUAGAGCUGGUUCCGUAUAAGUUCAUUCCGGGGAUUUACUAG